GUGUAUGUGUGUGCUGAGAGCUUUACCAACUUCAAAACUUGGAGCUUAUUCAUUUCAUCCAUGGCGUUCUCUCUCUUCAUCCCCAACCAACCCUUCACUUUGGUGCCAACCCUUCUUCUCCUUGUUCUCCUCCACGCCUCUCUCUGCGAACCCUCUCACGGGUUCUCCUGAUAUGGCGCUAGAAUUUCCAAGGAUGGUUCAACUCGGCACCUAUUUGAGUCGAGGAACACUAAGCACCACCCCAACAACUGUGGAGAGUUGGUGGCGCAGUCUCAGUGCUCACAGAACUCAAAGUGCAGCUGGUGCACCAGUGAGGACCUUGAUGACAUGUGUUUCAGCUUUGCCACAACAGGUGCACCAGCUGAGGCGUGGAGGUUGCCACAACAGGUUUACUCUUGCAGCUUGAUCCGGUGAGAUCCAUUAUGUUUUGCUCCUAUUUGUCAUUGGGAUCUGUGCCACCCAAAGCUGCAAUUUUUUACUCUCAUUGUGUAUGAAAUCUUCAGUUGAUGUUGGAGGGUUGUUGUUGUAACUUGUAAUUGUUAUUGUUUUGUUGAUUCGAUCUACGAUUUGUUAGAUUGGAAUCAUGUGUAAUUUUGUCUUCUGACCUGAUGGUUUUGGGAAAGUUAUUGACAUCAUUAAAAUGAGCAUUGGUGUACUAAGAAUAACAAAAUUAUAUUGAUAUUGGUGUGAA